AUGUUUGAGGCUCGCCUGGUGCAGGGAUCCAUCUUAAAGAAGGUGCUUGAUGCACUGAAGGAUCUGAUCACGGAGGCGUGCUGGGACGUCAGUUCGUCCGGCAUCGCGCUGCAGAGCAUGGACUCCUCUCACGUCUCCCUGGUGCAGCUCACCCUCCGCAGUGACGGCUUCGAUUCCUACCGCUGCGACAGAAACCUCGCCAUGGGUGUCAACUUGGGAAGUAUGUCAAAGAUAUUGAAGUGUGCCGGAAACGAAGACAUCAUCACCCUCCGAGCCGCCGACAACGCAGACACGCUGACGCUUGUGUUCGAGACCAUCAACCAAGAGAAAGUGUCAGAUUACGAAAUGAAGUUGAUGGACCUGGAUGUGGAGCAGCUUGGAAUUCCAGAGCAGGAGUACAGCUGCGUGGUAAAGAUGCCGUCCGGGGAGUUCGCCCGCAUUUGCCGUGACCUUUCGCAGAUUGGUGACGCUCUCAUGAUCUCCUGCGCCAAGGACGGCGUCAAGUUCUCUGCCAGUGGAGAGCUGGGCACGGGAAACAUCAAGCUGUCCCAGACCAGCAACGUGGACAAGGAGGACGAGGCGGUGACCAUUGAGAUGAACGAGCCAGUUCAGCUGAUUUUCGCCCUCAAUUACUUGAACUUCUUCACUAAAGCGUCCCCACUGUCGAAGACUGUCACCCUCAGCAUGUCUGCUGACAUUCCUCUAGUGGUGGAGUACAAGAUUGCCGAUAUGGGCCACAUCAAAUACUACCUGGCGCCCAAGAUUGAUGAGGAGAGUUCCUAA